AUAAUUUCAAAAUGAGCAUCGAUGAAACAACAACUAUGCAAAAACAGAGUGUUACAAAUCAGUUUUUGGUGACGUUUGUUGUGGGUCUAUUCAUGCUGACUGGUGGCAUUACAAUGGGAUGGACUAGUUCAAGUAUUUUGGUUUUGAUGUCAGACGAAACACCACUGGCCAGCGGAAAGAUCACAAUCGAAGAAGCUUCUUGGAUUGCAUCUUUACCAUAUGCGGGAGGUAUAAUCGGCAAUAUAGUCUUUGGAUUCGUUAUAAAUAAGUUUGGUAGAAAGAUACCAAUUUUUUUGCUGGCAUUUCCAUCUUUUUUAAGUUGGUUGAUGAUAUUAUUUGCAUCAAAUAGCCUUCAUUUGUGCGUGGCUAGAUUCAUCAACGGUAUUGUUAGUGGUUGUAGCAGUAUUGCUACACCCUUAUUUUUAGCGGAAAUUUCAAGCGAUCGUAUUCGUGGUGCUAUUUUGGCAACUCUCGUUUCAUGCUCUAUCAUUGGUACAUUGUUGUCUUUUGUUUUUGGUCAUUUUUUCCAUUACUACAUCACUCCAAAGAUUACGCUAGUUAUAAUCGCAUUAUUCGCCUUUUUUAUACUAUUUUUUCCGGAAUCGCCUGUAUUCUUAGUAAAACGAAAUAGAAUAUCUGAAGCGAAAAAAUCGAUUCGAUUCUAUCAGAGCUUGCGUAGAGAUAGAAUCGAAGAUAAUGAUGUACUCCAGCAAGAACUUAAGAAAUUGGAAACUAUUUUUGCGUCAGAAGCAGAAGUUUAUUCGAACAAUGGAGUAAGAGCAUUUAGAUGGACUGAUUUGAAUACAAAAAUAGCUCGAAAGGCAUUGUUAAUCGGUAUUGUUCUGUGUACGCUGCAGCAAUGUGGCGGUGGUGUAGCUUAUGCAUCUUAUGCAGCGAAAAUAUUCCAAGAAACUGGUUCGAAUAUGUCACCGAAUGUAUCGGCUAUCGUGACUGGAGCUAUUGAAUUUGCGGGUAUAUUGGUUGCUGUGUAUCUUAUUGAUCGUGCUGGACGGAAGUUUUUGUAUAAAAUUUCAACAUUUGGAAUGGCAUCCGGUUUGAUUAUCUUUGGAAUAUACGUGCAUUUAAAAUCAUUGAAUUAUAAUGUAGAAACAUUCAACUGGAUUCCACUUACAUGCUUUUCAUUCAUUUUAUUCAUAAUGCCAUGGGCAGUGUCUUCUUUGCCAUUUGGUGUUGUUCCAGAAAUCAUGCCUGAACAAUUAAAGGAUUUCGGAUGGUCGUUUUGUAUGACGCUUUUAUGGAUAUGGGCAUUUAUAAUGGUAAAGUUUUUUCCAUUCUUAAAUGAAACACUCGGUAUGCACGGAACAUUGUAUGCAUUUGCUACAGUAUGCCUUUCUGGUGCACUAUUUGUCAUCACAUAUUUGCCCGAAACAAAAGGAAAAAGUUAUGAAGAAAUUAUGGAAUUGUUGAAUCAAUGAGGCGGUAAUGGUGGUUUUUACUUAUUUUCAUACCAGUUUGUUUAAAUCAUUUAUCCUUUUCAAAGUCAUUAUAUACCAUUUAGGAGAGUCAACAGUUUAAAUAUUUUAUGUAAACUCAAAAUCCCAAUGAGUCAUUUGCGAAUAAAAGAUAUGACACUUUAGACUAAUAUUCAUAAAUAUACGUAUAUAAGAUGU